AAGCGCUCUACUGAUUGUGUACUGGUUAAUUAAAGACUUGAAUGAUAGCUUACUUAAUAUAUAACCUACAAUUUAUUUAACAGUAUCUCUUUUCUCUGACAAUCAUGGCUAGUUUACAGAUUAUCUUUGUGUUUGGGAUUUUAUUCCACUUAUUAGGGUUUCUCAGUGCUUCCUGUGUGUACAAACUAGAUGAUAGUGGCAGUAGAUACGUAAGCUGUGUACAGCAUUACGUGGACAGUGACAGGUUGUCAGUGGGGACGGUCGCCGGGGCGGUGUUUGGGUGCCUGGCCUUCAUUGGUCUCGUUGUCCUUGCUGUCACCAUCUUUUGCUGGUGGAAGAAGGGGAGACAAUCUGGAACUCAGAGAACUAUAGCAUCAACUUCAGCGUCAAAGUAUGCCGUGAGAUCGAACCAAGCAGGUGCGCACCCUACCAACCCAGCACAGCCCCAAAUCAUAGUGACGAAUACCGAAACUCAGCAAAACUAUCCUAUGACGUCAAAAGAUGGCGCUUACACCAUGCGCAUGCACACUGGUUACGACCAAUAAGCAGUGGAGAAUUCUAUGUUGUUGUUGUAUUAUUGCUCUAUACUUUAAAACAAAAUGUUGUGUGUGUCAAUCAGUGUGUGACAGACUGGAUCUAAAAAUGUUGGUCGAUUCCCUUUAGCUUGGUACUGCCCAUCAUUUAAAUAAUUUUAUAUAUAAGCUCCAGGGCCGAGUAUUUUACCAAGUAAUUUGUAUUUCUGUUGUUACUGUUGUUGUAGAUUUUUUUAACAAAUUCUCAAUGCUGACAAAUCAAAAACAAUCAUAAACAUAGAGUAUUCGUAUCUUGAUUUUCGACAAACUAUUGCAUUUAAUAAAUCUUAACAUGUAAUAGGACUUUAAAGAAUAAGCAUGAUUUUUUUUUAGAAUAAACUCUUUUGUUUAUACGUGUAUUGUAGAUAUAGUUCAAGGUGUUCUGUGAUAUUUUGUUUUGCAUAGGUAGGGGUUUGCUGAUUUUAUUAAAAGAAACCCUCUAAAGAUAGAAAUGAGAAGUUUUGUAAGGUCCAAUUUUACCUAAAAUACUGUAUUUUUAUACCCAUGAUUGGUACAUUCAGAUUGUAUAAAAUGUUUUCCUGCAUUUUGACGUUCUAUUCACAACUUUAAUUUUAAAGGCAAAACAUUUGCUAAUCUCAGAAGGUCUCAUACGAACGUAAAUCUUUGGACUGUUUUCUUUUCACAAAUUUUACCUUUCCGUAAACAAUAAGUGAGUUGCAAAACAUAUGAUAAAAUUCUUCACUUUUUUGUUUGUAACAUCCUUUAUGUGAAUUUUCUUGAAUCGUAUACAGUUUAUUUCUUUUAUCUGCUUGACUUCGUAUGUACAUCAUAGAAUUGUCCCUCCAGUUUACAAAUUUGUGAAUACAUAGUGUACAUUUGUUACUUGAAUAAACGAUUUUUUGAGAGA